AUGAUUUCUUUUGCUGAAAUAAGAGAUUUAUUCACUAGAUAAAAAGUAUCAUUUUUAUUGAUUCUCUUAGCCAAAAACUCUCAAUAAGCUUAAUCCAUACUAUUAAUAUGAUUCCUCUAGUACUUGCAGAAGGGAUAUACUAAUCUAAUGGACUGUGGCAGUAAUUAUUUAAUAUUAUAAUUAGCAAUCAUCUCAAUUCAAGCAUUCCAUAAAAACUUUAGAACUGGCUGUCCUUAUUAUAGAUACAUACUUAAAUUAUUUUAAUAUUACUGUAGAAUACCUUUAACUGUUGGGUAUAUCGGCAUAUUCAAUUGCCUCUAAAGUACUUAUAAUUCUUAUAAAAUUUAGUUUAAUGAGACAGAGAUCAUGUCUUAAAUUAAAUUGUAUAAUCAAGAUAACUAGGCCUUGUACAAUGAUGAAGAAUAUGAUGAAAUGGAAGAAUAAAUUCUUAAAGCCAUGGGAUAUUAGUUAAAUCUUAUAACUUCAUCAGAUUUUUUAUUAGCCAUGAAUGUUUAAGUCGAUGAGAACAUCUAAAAUUUGUUGAUGUUCAUUCUAAUAGGUAAAAUAUACAUAUAAUAUAUAAAUAGACUUCGAAAUUUAUCAAUAUUCUCAUUUCGAAUUGGCUUUGGCAAUCAUGCAUUUUCAAAAUGAUUCAAGGUUGGCUUUUUCAGAGAAAAUUCUUACCGUAUCUUAAAUUAUUCAUAAAAAAAUAAUUAAAGCUCAAGAAAUCUAAUGUGAUAAAUCUGAAUAAGAAGACACUAAAUCUAUUGAAAGAAGUCCCUCAAUUCAUAAAAAGAUUACCAAAAAAAGAGAAUCUUAAAAACAAAGAUAAAUAUAACAACAGAAUUGA